UCAGUCUCACUCUUGAAUUCUCUCUCUCUCUCUCUCUCUCUCUCCCAACCCCACACAGUUAACCUUCACUUUUGUCCAUUCUGAGAGCCACCUCCGUUUUCCACUUCCUCCCCUUUCCCUUCCAUUCCCUCUAAGCAGACCCCUCUCUCACAUGUAUUCACCGCCACCACCACUUGAGCUCGACCCAAACCCACCCAAAUGAAUCCCGCCGCCACCACACCCUCCUCCUCUUCACCACAAACCCUUCUCUCCCUCAUCACCAACCUCCUCUCCGUUCUUCUCCUCUCCUCCCUCACCGUCAAAUCCUUCAGCGGACGCUGGCAAACCAUCCACUCCAAGCUCACCACCCUCUCCUCCUCUCUCUCUUCUCUCUCCUCCUCCCCCCACUGGUCCGAAAACCCUCUCAUCCACACCCUUCUUCCCUCCCUCCUAUCCACACUCUACCGCCUCUCAUCCCUCUCCGACCUCUGCUCUUUCUCUGACUUCUCCGGUGGCAAGCUCCUCAUGCAGAGCGACCUCGACAUGGCCUCCGCUUCUCUCGCCAACUCUCUCCACGAUCUUGACUUGCUACUCCGAUCCGGGGUCCUCCACCAGUCAAACGCCAUCGUUCUCUCUCACCCAGGUCCUUGCUCUUCCAAAGAAGACCUGGUGUUUUUCAUCAGAGACCUCUUUACCAGGUUGCAAAUCGGAGGGAUCGAGUUCAAGAACAAAGCUCUGGAGUCCCUGCUUCACCUCCUCGUUAGGGAUCAGAAAUCCGCGAGCUUGGUCGCCAAAGAAGGAAACAUCGGGUAUUUGAUUCACUUGCUGGAUUUCAACCACAACAAUCCGAUCCGAGAACACGCUACGACCGCUGUAUCGGUGCUUGCCUCGGAAAACGACGAGUCCAGGAAGUGCGUGUUCGAAGAAGGGGGUCUGGGUCCUCUGCUUCGGAUUCUCGAGACUGGGUCGAUGCCUAUGAAGGAGAAAGCUUCGGUGGCGGUCGAGGCCAUCACCGCCGAUCCCGAAAACGCUUGGGCAGUCUCGGCCUACGGCGGCGUUUCAAUUCUGAUCGAGGCGUGCCGAUCUGGGUCGGUGGUUACUCAAUCGCACGCCGUGGGUGCAAUUCGGAAUGUGGCCAAUGUGGAGGAAAUAAAGAACUCUCUAGCAGAGGAAGGAGCCGUACCGGUGCUCAUCCAAUUACUGGUCUCAGGCACAAGCUCCGCGCAAGAAAAGGCUGCGAGUUGCAUAGCCUUAUUAGCCUCUUCCGGUGAGUAUUUCCGGGCAUUAAUCGUACAACAACGCGGCCUGCAAAGAUUGAUGGUUUUGAUCCAAGAAGUAUCUAACCCCGACACGUUGGAACACAUUCUCCGAGCUAUAAGCUCUCUGUCUGGGUUCGAUUCCUCGAUUCGGCUUCUAUCAUCAUCGACCACAUUCAUAACCCAGUUGGGUGAAUUUAUCAAACACGGAAAUGUAAUUCUACAGCAAAUCUCAGCCUCUUUGCUAGCCAGUCUGUCAAUCAGCGACGGUAACAAGCGGGCAAUUGGGGGCUGCAUGGGGUCGCUGGUGAAGCUAAUGGAGUCCCCGAAGCCGGUGGGGCUACAGGAGUCUGCGGCGGAGGCGCUGUGUGCGCUCUUGACGGUGCGGUCGAACCGGAAGGAGCUUGUGAGGGACGAGAAGAGCGUGAUGAGGCUGAUGCAGAUGCUGGACCCGAAUAACGAGGCGGUGCCGUGCAAGAUUUUUCCGGUGAUGGUGGUGGCGGCGGUGGUAGGCGGGGGGACCAGCCAGGGUUGUCGGAAGAGGCUGAUGGCCGCCGGGGCCCACAACCACUUGCAAAGGCUGGCGGAGAUGAAGGUCGCCGGCGCUAACAAGGCCUUGCAGAGACUCUCCGGGAAUAGGCUCCUCAAUACCUUUUUCAGCAAGAGGACUUGGAGGGAAUAACCAGCAAAGAAACUAACCCCACCCGCCAAAGAAAACAGGAGGAGUCCGUUUGGAUUUUCUAACCGUCGACGUGGACAAGCAGCAAACAAACAAACAAACACUUCGUAUACUCCAACUUCUCUCUCUUUUUUUUUUUCUUUUUUUUACCUAAAUAUUAUUUUAAAGUACUUAUAAUAUAUAAUUAAAAAAAUCUACGUAUUAUUUUAAUAUUUUAUGACCAAAAAAGAAAAGCAUGGAUGCGGUUUUAGGGAGUAUCCUUGGUUGCUUUUUUCCUUUUGUAUUUAUUUUAUUUUAUUUUAAUCUUAUUAAUUGGCUCACCCAUGAAGCUGCAACGGAGAGGCUACUUUUGAUUGUCAUGUUUCCUCUUUCUUUUUUUAAUUCUUUGUUUGAUAAUCUAUGUCCAAGAGUCUUUAUUUUAAUUGUAAUGGACAUUGGGUUUAGUUAGAAAGAGUGCAAUUGUUUCUGUUUGCUCUA